AUGAUGAGGAGGCCGAUAUUAUCGUACGUAGAACUGUUCUACGACAAGAACGUGAUUUCGUGGAGCAAACGUCUGUUGAGCUUAUCCGGCCUGUGGCCAGAUAAUCGCAACGACGUUCGAUUCUUUCUCUACAUUACGUACAUCGUGAUCUUCACUUGGCUGGAGAUCGUGACACUGGUCCAGAAUAUACACGACCUUGAGAAGACAUUGAAAAAUAUCACGCUAUCGUUCCCAACCAUCUUGAUAGUGCUGAAGGCCGUGAUGUUCCGGAUGAAUAUGCAUCUCGUCCUACCGUUGCUGACGGUCGUCAAGAGGGACGUGAACGAGGGCCUGUAUCGGUCGGCGGAGGAGAGGCGGACGGUCGUCUGGUAUAACGUGGCCGCCACUUUAUUUUCCACCUCGUCGGCCUUGUCUUUAUUCUUCGUGCCCACGUUGUUUUACGCCAAGCCAAUCAUCGGCUGUCUUUUAUCGAAGUACAAUAAUUGUACCCUUCCUUUCGAAUUACCCAUGAAAGUGAAUAACGUUUACGAAAUAACGAAACUGCAAACGUACGCCUUGUUCUGCGUUUAUUUGAUACCAACGAGUACGUUGUUAACGAUCGGCGCAACCGGGGCAGAUAGUCUUCUGGUGACAUUAACGUUCCAUCUUUGUAGUCAACUUUCAAUUGUAGCAUAUCGCAUGAGAAACGUCAAUAUCGAACCGAAGAUAUAUUUUCCGAAAAUGAAGGCACUCGUUGAACGGCACACCGAACUUCUACGAUUGGCGAAUAUUUUAGCGAACACGUUUAGUUCUCUGAUGUUUGUACAAACAUUAGGAUUAAUAUUCUCACUGUGUAUUGUCGUCUAUCAAUUACUUAUGACAAGCGAAUCAGGAGAAGAUAUGAAUACGAUACAUUUUAUAAUCUAUUCUUGCGCUGUUAUACUGUUAGCAUUCUGCUAUUGUUUCUUGGGAGAGUGUCUCAUUAACGAGAGUAGCGAAGUGCAAAUGGCUUGUUACUUUACUAAUUGGUACGAUUUACCAGAGCAGUACACGCGGUCUUUAAUAUUUUGUAUCGCUCGAGCGCAGAAACCGUUAUACCUAACAGCUGGCAAGUUUUACGUGUUUUCCUUAGAAACUUUUGCCGUUAUAGUAAAAGCAUCCAUGGCCUACCUCUCCGUUCUAAAAAGUAUUAUCUAAACAAUCAACACCGGUUAGCAGGUUUAAUUUAUCAAAAUAAAAAAUAAGAAUAAAAACAAAAAAGGACUUGUUCCAAUUAACUACGAAUUAACACGAAGCAACGAUUAACGAACCUUACAACCAAAUCAUAGAAACCUAAAUAUUAAACCUAAUAGUUACUUUAAACUUAUCAAUCG